AUGGCACUCAAUUGGGCAAUGCUUGACCAGCAGAGGAGUCCGAUACCUCUGUUGAAUGAAAUCACUAUCUUGACGAUUGACGACGGCGCUGAGAUAACCCUCAUCAUCCCAAACACACCUCCCUCUGAAGGAUCGUCUGGUGAGGGAGUAGGGGGCGAGAAGAAGUUGAAAGAGACGGGUCGAAUAUAUCUAACAGAUCAGCGGCUCAUAUUUAUUGCAUCGCCCAACCCAACAUUCGAGACUCUGACAGUUCCGCUCGCAUCUAUUCUUUCCACAUCAUUUGAGCAGCCUGUAUUCGGUACCAACUAUCUUUCAAUCGACAUCAAACCGUCGCCAGAUGGUGGGCUGGCAUCGGGGACACGCGCUGAGAUCAGGUUUAAAGAUCGUGGAAUGUUCCAGUUCGUCAGCACGUUGGAGAAAAGUCGUGAGCGCGCGAUAUACAUGAAACGUCAGGCGGCAAGCGACGAGGAUACACUUCGUAUGUCUUCAAUGAUCUAUCCAAUGGCGAUCUUUACUGACCUGAUACGGGCUGAUAAUAGCAUUAUACGACUCCCGCAGCGCUGA